UGACAGUUGUGUUGUCGGGAGAGAACCUUUCACAUCCAUUGAAGUGGAUAGCAUUUAUGUACUCAAUAAUACGGGACUCAGUGCCGAUGGAGUACGAUAACGACGAGAAUACUUGGCGGAGGCCGUCGACGCCGAAGGUGGAGCGCUCAGCGUGUCACCAGAUCCCCAAGAGGUCCACAACCGUGGCUGUGGUAGUGCUAGGGUUGGCAGUACUGAGCUGUCUGCUGGGCUACUGUGUGCUCAGCGAAACCCUGCCAUAUGAAUCUAAGACACUGCGCCUUGUUAUUAUUUUUUUCCGACAUGGUGCCAGGACUCCAGUGCAGCCUUACAACAGUGACCCAUACAAGAACUAUCAAUGGCCCGAUGGUCUUGGUGGACUCACUAAUGCUGGCAAGCUUCAACUGUAUGAAUUAGGCAAAAAGUACAGAAGUUACUAUGCCAACUUCAUACCUGAAGAGUACUGUGAGAAGGAUGUAUUUAUACGCAGCAGCGACAAGUCUCGUUGUCUCAUGAGCGCCUACACAUUCCUGGCGGGACUGUACCCUCCCACGGAGAGGCAGAUGUGGCACCCUGAGCUGCCGUGGCAGCCUAUACCCGUGCAUUCACUACCCAAGAAACUGGACAAUAUAGUUGCUGCAACAAAACCCUGUAAAAUAUGGAAAGCAAUGUAUGAGGAGAAACUGGCUGAAAAGAAUGAAGAUCCAAAGUUUGCCGAACUCUUUGAUUACUUGAGUAGACACACUAACCAGAGUAUGCGCAGUGUGUUGCCUGUAGACUUUCUAUACAGUACUCUCUUAGCUGAGCAAGAUGCAGGCUUGAAGCUUCCAGAAUGGACGAGAACAGUGUUUCCCAGCAAAAUGCGGACACCAUUCAUGCUGAGUUUGGCUCUACUGUCUUAUAAUGAGACGAUGCAGAGGCUAAAAGUUGGUCCACUUCUAAAAGAAAUGAAGCAGUAUCUAGAUGAAACAGUUCGACACGAGAACGUGGACCGCUCUCUUUACGUGUAUUCUGGUCAUGACGUCAAUGUGGUGUCGCUUUGGCGCGCCUUCGGGUUCAAUGACCUGCUGGAGCCGGAGUACGGAGCUAGCAUCGUGAUCGAACUACACGAGGAUAUUGAGCAGGAGUCAUUCUUUGUUAAGACAUUCUACCGCAACAACACGAAAGUGGAAGUUCCUUUGGAACUGAAGUUACCAUUCUGCGAUGAUCCCUGUACUUACACACAAUUCAAUCACCACAUCAGUAAGUUUGUACCGGACGACUGGGAGACCGAGUGUGGUAAUGUAGACAAGUAAAUAUUACACGUAAGGACAAAGCCAACAAUUAAAGGCCAGUCCCAAUAUUCUAUCUAUUGUUCUGCUUGGUAAAGAUAAAUUUCUAUCUUUACAUACUUAUACGAGGCUAACAUCAAAAUUAUAUCUCUAGUUAGCAAAUAAAAAGAUUAAUUGGAUAUUGGGACCGGCCAUAAGUGAAGCAUUAUAAACGUGCGUAUGUUUUCGUAAGAUUGGUAAGCCCCAAAGUCGUGGGAACGAAGUCUUAAGACGGUCUGUGACCAUGACCAAUUAGUCUCAAGUGGCUAAUUUCAUUACUACAUCCUUGGUUGAUAUUAAUUACUUGGUAACACUGACACUGAUCCUGCAGGUACUGUACAAAACUGUGUCAUUGUAUACUCGGUUUAGAGGUCAAAGGUAAUAUGUUAUUUUUUUUUUAAUUUAUAUACAAAUAGAUCUGCCAGGAAAGUAUGUAUUUAGAUAAAUAUUAUUUUUUCAAAUACAUAUUUAUGUUUAGUAGCAAUGCCAUUAGAUAUUAUAUAAUUUGCCAAAAUUUUAAUACAGGUACUUAAUGGUCAUUAGUUAAUUUUUAAUUGGUCACAAUUUCGUAAUCACAGACUUAUUUUUGUAAGACUCAAAUGCAUUAGGUUUAAUAUUUACGAAUGCCAAAAUUGAGGCUGAAGAGUUGUUAUAAGUAUGACGAAUAGAUGUUUUAUGUAUAGUAUAAGCCUAUAUACUUUAUUAGGCACUUAAACCAAUAUGCACUAUACAAAAUGGUCACCAUCACAACAAUAUUUCAAUUGUCUUCAAUAAAUAAAUCACGAGGGGUAAUUUAUAUUGAGCACAAGUCCAAUAGAGCAUUUCCAAUACUUAUAGAGGACAUGUAUUAAUCGUUUACAAUUGUUAUGAACUAUUAGAGUAUUGAUGUAACGUGUUGCAGGCUCGAGUUCACCGACAACAUAAACGUCUGUAACUUGGACGUUGAGAACGUGAAAAUUAUAGUAAAGAAAAUUUACUAAAAUGCUGUCGUUGAAUUCGAAGGUCGUAGCACACAUGGACGGCACAGCAUUGCGUAGCUCCAACCCAGCGAUUAACUUGACACUGGAUUAUUCUCUUAGAACUUAUCUAAUUUAAAACAUUUUAUAACAUCAAUAAAAAGUAACAAACAGAGGGGUGACAGCGAGCUUGCAGCUACCGAACAACAGCUGCGCCGUGCCGUGACGUUCAUGUGCGCCAUGACCUUAGAAUCACAUCUUCUAUGCUAUGUGUACUUGUAUGUGACGUGUCAUAGCAUAUGGCUGUCUAUGUGCGGUUCUGCGUUUGCACAUCUCGAAUUCUCGAAUAUUUUCAUAAAACUCAUACUUCUUGGUGAAGGCGCAGACAUUUUAUGCUUUAUGGUGUGCAAUCGAAUUUCAAAUCUCUUAAAAUUUAUCGAAUUUUAUAUUUAAAUAGCAGUUUUGUCAUUCACAGGGUGCAUGCCAGGUACAUUCCUUGUAGUGUGGAUGUCGGAUCUAUUUAGUGAGAUUUCUGAACUAUUUACAUUUACCUGUCCACUUUCAAAUCUAUACAAUUUUUGUAAGACUGUAUUUAUUGAUUUAGUGGUGAUUGAUAUUUUAAUUAGACUUGUUUGAUAGGAAUUAUUUGUUAAGAUGAUGCCUAAACUUCUUAUGAUGAAGAACAAAGAUAUUAAGGAACAUACCAAUAUUAUGAAUUUUAGAUUUCGGGUACUUCUUAUGUAUUAAUUCUUCUUAUAAAUUGCAACGUAUUUUGUCCUCACAACUCAAGUUUAUAGAUACACUAAUAUUUAAGUUUUUUCUCUUAUCACAUAUUUAAGCUCUUAACAAACAGCAACAAUAGGUAGGUCCAUACUAAUACUAAUGUACUCCCACACUUUGAUAUUAUUAUCUUUAAUUCUAUUUAAAAAUGCCUCUAUCGCAUUUGUGUAAGUGAUUUUAAGUAUUUUACAAUACGUAUAAGGUGCCGUAAUCUUCUUCACACAAGGUAUAUUUAUGUAUUAUUUAAUAUGAGUAUAUAUUCAGCAUUUCUGCUAUCGAAUGUACUUACUCUACAAAUGAUUUAGCCUGUAAAUAAGUCACAAUUGAUAUUUCAACUGUUAUACACAAAAUGUAAAUAGUAAUAAAUUAAAUUGGUGUUGUAUUUUAUGAGUAAUGUUUGUUCGCAUAGAUCGGUGGAAUUGUAAUGCGCGGCAGCUGCGCCCACGCAACUAUGUCGAAACUUACGUAUAAAGUGACAAAGGUAUGACUAUAAGUAUUGUCUUUGAACACAGGAAAUAUAAUUGUCUAUUCUUAGGAAGUUUAUUAUUUGUUGAGAAUAAAUGUUAGAGUUAAAUUGUAACAUUUUAUUGUUGUUGUUUUUGUAAUAUUUACUAUUAAAUAUAUUUUAUGUGAUUA